UUAUUUCUUCGAGCCAGUCCUCCAGGGACCACCAGACGGUAGGGAGCUGGGAGGGAGCGAAAACGUGGAGCGUCUGGGAAUCCCCACGGACCAGGCUGAGAAACACCGACGUAAAGGACGGGGUGUAAAAAUGGCUCGGCGAGGGAAAGCUAUUCACAGCAUAGGGGAACGGCUUGAUGCAACUGUGUCGCUCACCGUCUGGGCGUUUCGGCGCUUAACUACGGAUAAGCAGGAACGCGCUGCGAUGGCAACGUCCGCCGAUCCAGUCCUCAGAGGCCAUGUCUGACUUGCGGGUGGCAGAGGGAGGUAUGAGAGAACAUCGCACACGGCCAGUGAACUCGUGAAUUAUUCAGGUUGUGGGAGGGUGCUGCCGUUUUAUGCUAAUGAGCUGGGGGGGGGGGUUUCAGCAAAGGAUGGGCGGUCUGUCUGUUGCGCGUGAGGUGGGCCAAUCGCGGCUCUGUGCCGUCUGAGAGGAGCCCGACAUCCAGGCCGCUGGGGAGGGGGGAACAGAGACAGCCUUCCAUUCCUCCAGCAUCCCGGCCGACGAAGACACAGGCAGACCAAGGAGACCCUAGAAGCGAUGACUGGCCACAACGCCAGCCAAGCCUUGCACCCAGCAGUGCCCCCUGCAGGCACGGCCCUGCAGAUGCAGGAGGCGUACCCCUUCCAUGACAGUUGGAACGUGGCCUGCUUCGUCAUCCUGCUGCUCUUCGCACUAACAGUGGUGUCGCUGGCGGUCCUGGCUGCACUCUACGAGCUGCUGGACUGCGGCUGCUGCGCAAAGGGCAAGACGGCACGCCAGCUACGGGAAGAGCCCGGCCCCUUCCGCACCGUGGUGGAGAGCAUGCGCAAUCGUCAUGCGGAGGUAGUCUAAAGGCAGGGUCCUCCCACCAGCAGGGGGAGCCCUCCCGUGCAGACUGUGCCCCUCCCACACGUGGCUGGAGUCAUUUCUGUUAAAACCACAUCUGUCAAUGAGGAAUCUGUGUGAAUGGAAUACAGAACAUUCCCUCCCGUGGACCAGGGUCUGGGAUAAUUGACACAGACUGCAUACAAUAAUCAUCUUCCAAAAGUGAAUUACCGACCCCUCUAAUCUCCCAAAGCUGAAAUAGCACUAAUAAUUAUAUUUUUGCGAUGAACAAACUAAACUGUCAUGCAGAUUUGAAGCCUGGAUACCUAAAAACAAAACAAUUACAGUCUUGCAUGUUCCUUCCUCACCAUCCAGUCUUAAAUGCUGCAUUUACGAAAAGGAAUGAUGCCCAGACUUAACCGAGGGAAAGAAAAUUUAAACAUUCACCUGUGAGAGGAUGCCGUCAGAGCUGCCCAGAAGUCAGAGACACCACCCCGUGCCUCAGAUUUUCAGAGUUUUGUCGUAAAAACGAGGGUCACACAGCUAUUUAUGUCUAAAUUUCAAAGGACAUUUCAGAGAUGCGAGUGCAGUGAAAAGACGAAUGUCACGGAUGAUCAUUACAUUUACCGGACCUGGAUUGUUGCUGAAACAUUCAAGCCUAAACCAUUACUGGUACCAUCUGAUGUAGAACUGAUUACACGUUCUAUUGGCCGUUCUGUCUUUGUAGACACCAAACCUUCAGCUUUUUUGUUUCAUUUUUUAGAGAAAACAAAAAAUUUUCCCCGCCCCUGUUGUGGUACAUAUCUGCAUUUAGUUUAGUCUUAAAGUAUAGCACGACAUUCUUAUAUUUGCCUUAAUAUCUUGUAAAGUUCAUUAAAAUACCAACAGUGUUGAC